AUGAGCGGCCUCAUCAGCAUCCAGUCGCCGUCACAAUGGCAGGACGUUCUGAACAGCACCAACGUUGUCGUCGCAGACUUCUACGCCGACUGGUGUGGCCCCUGCAAUGCCAUUGCGCCGCACUUUGAGAAGAUGGCCAACGAGUAUUCCAAGCCGAAAAAGGCCGCCUUCUGCAAGAUCAACGUCGACACGCAGUCGACCAUUUCGCGCGCCCACGGCGUCAGCGCCAUGCCGACCUUUAUCAUCUUCCACGCCGGCAAGCCCAUCGAGACGAUCCGCGGCGCCAACCCGCCGGCCCUCGCCACCGCCGUCGCCAACGCCAUGAAGCUGCCCGACAAGACCAAGGCCGGCGGCGCCUCCUUCGGCACCCCCGGCCGCACGCUCGGCGGCCAGGGCGUCGGCGUCGGCGCGGCAGCCGGCAGCGGAGGCCUGCCGCCGUCGCGGCCCUACAACUCGGGCUUCGACGUCGUCUCGAUCCUGCGCCACCUCUUCACGAUCGCGGCCCUUUACGUCGUCACGCUCGUUGCAAUCGAUCCCUUGCAAGCCGCCGAAAAGUCGAGCUUUAACCUCGUGAACCCGCCCGCUAGAGAUGCCGCCCGUGGUGCCGGUCCCGGCGGAAAGGCGAGGGCGCCGCCAGCGCGGCCCUCGGCCUUCAGGACGCUGGCUGACCUGGGCAAGGAUGAGUAG